AUGGAUCAUAGAAUCCUAAGUUGGAAUAUAAGGGGUUUGGGGCAAUAUCCAAAAAUUAUUGCUAUCAAAGCAGCAAUUGCUAAGUAUAAUCCAACAAUCUGCACUAUUCAAGAAACUAAAACAGAAGUGGUUGAUGAUUCUUUAAUCAGGUCCCUAUGGGGAAGUAAUAGAUGUAGCUACAUCUAUCUUGCUUCUGAAGGUGCUUAUGGUGGCAUUAUUUUCAUGUGGAAGGAACGUAUUUUAGUGAUGGAGGAUCAGUUAAUUGGAGCUUUCUCUGUGUCUAUUAAAUUUAGGAAUAUGAGUGAUGAUUUUUCUUGGAUUUUCACUUCAGUUUAUGGGGCUUCAGAUUCUGGUUAUUACAGCUCCGAUGAAAGAAAUACUCAAGGGGGUGGAGUUGCAAACAUAAAUUAUUUAAAAGCUUUUGUUCAGAAGUUUGCUUUAAUUGAUAUUCCUAUGGCUGGUGGAAGAUUUACAUGGACUAAUUCAAAACAACCUCCUCUUUUAAUCAGGUUAGAUAGAUUUCCGCUAUGUCCUGACUUCAUUAAUCAUUGUCAUUCUCCAAUGCAAGUUAGGCUUAGAAGACCAAUAUCUGAUCAUGCUCCCAUUAUGCUUCAUUGCAAUUUUGGGGAAAGUUUGAAGUCUCCUUUCAGAUUAGAUAAUUUUAUCUUGCAUCAUCCUGAAUUUCUUACGAAUUUAAGAAUUUGGUGGGAUAACUUAUCUUUUACUGGAACACCAAGUUUUAUUUUUGCCAAAAAGCUGCAAGGACUAAAGUUUUUAAUUAAAAAUUGGCAAAAAAGUACUUUUGGUAACUUAAACUCUCAAAUUGAGAAUUUAGAUAUUGUGAUUAAUGCUCUGGAUAAUUUGGAGGAGUUGGCAACUUUAUCAGAUGCUGAAGUUGUAGAAAGGGAGCAAGCAAAAUUGCAACAUGCCUCUCUUUCUUUGAAUGUGGCUAGGAGAGCUGCUCAAAGAGCUAAAGAGAAAUGGGCCAAGGAUGGUGAGAAAAAUUCAGCUUAUUUACACCAAAUAGCAAAUUUCAAGUAUAAGCUUAAUAGUAUUAAGUUCCUUAAGAUAAAUGGAGCUCUUUGUUUUGACAAGAAUCAGAUUGCUGAGGAAACCAAUCUUUCUAUUCUUCUUUAUUCAAUGAGAAUCACAAGGUUAGGCCUGGUUUUGAUAAUCUAG